CACAACAUGAUCAUGCAUCCCUAACCUGAUGAUUCUUAAAAUCGGAUUUUUCGGGUUGUACUGAAUUUGAAGGUAUUUAUAAAAAAUCAAGAUUUAUUCUUCAUGAAUACAAACGAAUACCAGUAUCCUGGAGGCAACAUAUACAGCGUCAUUGCUUGUCAAGCACUAUUUCCAUUUCAAAAUAUACACGUCAGUAUAAAGUGUGCUAAGCCAUGAGAACUUCAACUCUUUGGACGGAGAAAAUAACUGGGGAGAAUGGAGACAGCUGCGUAUAUGAUGCAUGCUUUUCUCCGGAUGGGAGCAAUUUAGUGGCCGCAGUGGGAUUCAGGGUCUUGGUCAUCAGCGUUACAGACGGCUCGAUUAUACAGACUUUGAAAGGUCACAAAAGUGCAGUAUAUUGUGUUGCUUAUUCGAAUGAUGGGAAACGAUUUGCCAGCGGUGGAGCCGAUAAAAAUGUGAUAAUUUGGACUGAUAAUCUUCAAGGAAGCUUAAAAUACGUGCAUGGAGACUCGAUUCAGUGCUUGGCAUAUAACCCACAAUCUCAACAAUUGGCAAGUUGUUCUGUGAACGACUUUGGUUUGUGGACCCCAGAAAAGAAAAGUGUGGACAAACAUAAAGUUUCUGCCAAAAUAAAUGCUUGUUCUUGGACUUCGGAUGGUCUACAUUUAGCAUUAGGAUUAGGAAAUGGAACAGUCACAAUUAGAAAUAAGUCGGGUUCUGAAUAUGCCCGAUUUGAGAGACCAGGAGGGUCGUCUUCGCCCGUAUGGGGUCUUGCUUGGGGUAAAACCGUGGAGGAAGGAAAUGACAUGCUUUGCGUAGCAGAUUGGGGACAAACUCUUUCAUUUUACGACAUCCAAGGAAAACAGAUAAUGAAAGAUCGGGCCUUAGGAUUUGACCCGGUUCGUGUUGUCUACGCCCGGACCCAUCGUGACUGUGAAUACAUUAUUGUGGCUGGAUCCAACAAAGCUUGUACCAUUUUUACUCAAGAAGGCGUUAAGGUCACCUCCAUAACAGAACAAGAAUCCUGGGUUUGGGCGUGUUCAGUGAAGCCAGAUUCCCAAUGUCUGGUUGUUGGAACACAAGCCGGAGUCUUGACAUCCUAUGAAGUACAACUUUUGGUUGUCCAUGCAUUAUACAAAUCUUUAUAUGCAUUUAGGAUGAACAUGACUGAUGUGAUGGUCCAAAACUUGCUUAAAGAUCUAAGAACUCGCAUAAAAUGCCGAGAUGUGAUUAAGAAGUUGGCAAUAUUCAAGGAUUCUCUUGCAAUCCAGUUUGUGGACCGUGUGCUAAUCUACCAGAGGGAUGCCAAGGAGUUCAAGUACACUCUAAAGGACAAGAUUUCCCAAAGCUUUGAAUGUAGUUUGUUGGUAAUGUGCAGCGAGAAUGUGAUCUUGUGCCAGGAGAAGAAACUGCAGUGCUACAGCUUUCACGGAAUGAGACAAAGGGAAUGGGUCUUGAAUUCCCAUAUCCGCUACAUCCGCUCGGUUGGUGGGAUGCGAGGAAAAGAGGUUCUCUUGGCUGGGCUUAAAAACGGACAAGUGGUGAAAAUAUUUUUGGACAAUCCCUUUCCCAUUGACAUGGUGAAAGUUCCUCAGAGUGUGCGAUGCGUGGAUCUCAACUUGCUCCACUCCAAGAUUGCAGUUGUGGAUGAAAGCUCAACCCUUUUUGUUUAUGACUUGGUCAGCAAAGAACUUUUGUUCCAAGAACCAAGCGCUGUUUCCGUCUUUUGGAAUGCAUAUUGCGAUGAUUUACUUAGCUUCUCGGGUUUUGGUGUGCUGAAUAUUAAGGCGUCCAAUUUCCCAAUAUAUCAGCAGAAAAUGGCUGGUUUCGUAGUUGGAUUCUGUGGACACAAGCUAUUUUCGAUGCAAAACUCCUCAGUGGUUACUCUAGAAGUACCACUUUCUGCUCCAAUGUAUCAAUUCGUUCGAUAUGGAAUGUUCAGGGAAGCAUACAAGGUUGCUGCUCUUGGCGUCCCCAUCAAUGAUUUUAAAGCAUUGGGCUUGUCUGCACUGGAAGGCAUGGACUUUGACACGGCUCGGAAGUCAUUUGCUAGAACAAAAAGUCUCAAUUUUCUUCGACUGAUCGAAACAUACGAGGAUAAAGUGAAUGAGGAGUCUGGGCGAAAGAGUUUCCUCGCCGAUGUUUUGGCCCAUCAAGGAAGAUUUACAGAGGCAGCUCGACUAUACAGAGAAAACAACGAGGCCCAAAAAGCUGUGGCAAUGUAUGCAGACUUGCGAAUGUUUGACCUGGCUCAAGACUAUCUUUCAGAGGGAGAAUCGGCCAAUAAAAACCAGCUGCUUAAACGGAAGGCGGAAUGGGCUCAAAAGAUUAACGAGCCUAGAGCUGCUGCUGAAAUGUACUGGGCUGCUGGAGACAAAAUUCGGGCAGUACAAAUUAUGGGUGAAAACCAAUGGAUCGACAUGUUGCUCGAGACUGGGAGAAAGUUGGACAGAAGUGAUGGCGAAGCUUUAACGUUGUGUGGAGAGUACUUGAUGAAGUCUGGAGAAGCAUCCGCAGCGGCAGACAUGUAUCGAAGGGUUGGUGCAGUUGAGAAAGUUAUCGAGUUGCACGUGUAUGCCAAGAAUUGGACAGAAGUAUUCCACCAAGUGGAAAGACAUCCAAGUCUAAAAAAGGCUGCUUAUCUCCCAUAUGCCCAAUGGUUGGCUGAGAACGACAGAUUCACUGAAUGUCAAAAGGCAUUUCAUAUGGCUGGUUGUCCAGAGGAAGCAUUUUCCGUACUGGACCAACUAAUUCAGAACGCUGUGUUUGAGGAUAGAUAUCACGAUGCGGGAUAUUGCCAUUGGGUGCUUUCCAUGCAAUUUCUAGACCUUGCUGCAAACACGGAUGACCAGCGUUUGCAAAGGAUGCAGUUUGAAGCUUUCCAAAUUCAUCAAAAGAAAGCAGGAAUGUAUUACGCCUUCAAUUCGAUUCAUCGUUACACGGACCAACCUUUUACUCCAUUCAUGCCUGAGGCGUUGUUCAAUAUUGCUAAGUUUUUGAUGCACGAAUUGAUGACAGAGACAGAUUUACCAAUUUCAAAAUUUCAUGUUCUGUACACUCUUGCAAAACAAGCUCGAACGCUGAAUGCAUUCAAACUGGCUCGACACGUUAUUGAGCGCCUCAAAAGGAUAAAUAUCCCACGAAAUUUGCGAGAUGGUCUGAAAAGUUUGAUCCUGAGUUCUUACGGAGACAAGUUUAGUGACAAUGAAGACCAGCUUCCAAUGUGCUAUCGUUGCUCGACCACUAAUCCCCUCCUAAAUCCGAGAGGAAACAGUUGCAUCACGUGUAAUCACUCGUUCGUCUUCUCCUUUGUCUCCUUUGAGGUUCUACCAGUUGUUGAAUUUGAAAUUGCGUCGGAUAUAACCGAUGAAGAGGCGAUUGGACUGAUUGGCUCAAGACCUUCCCAUUCUGCAAAAUCCCAUAAACUGAAAUCCAAAGUAGGUGAUAAUGCCGGAGGAAAAUGGAGAGAAGAAAUUCAGACGGACUCAAAUGUCCAAGUCCUUCAGUUUAACGAAGAUAACGACGAAGAAGAAGAAUUUGGCACCAGUCUCACAGACCCGUUUUCUAAAGCUGGCCAAGUGGGUGGGGCUGCCUCGGGUGACAGGUUGGAUUUCAACAAAGUGGUUCUUGGAAAAGCAGAGCUCCGUUCUUUGGAUCCCACCGAAGUCAUUGUUUGUAAAUGGCCACCACCUCUUCGGUACAAGUUUCAUAAAAACCUCAUGCCCGAAGUAAUGAGCAUAUCCACCUGCCACAAAUGUUUCAAGAUGUUCCAUACGGACGACUUUGUGCUCCAAGUUCUACAAAAAGGCCACUGUCCAUUCUGUCGGUCUCCUCCAGCAUCGUCUGAAAAACCACCAUCGUCAGACUCGACUACAGCAGCAGUUUAGUCGUGGAUUAUUUUUUUUUUGCAGAAACCUUCUCAAGAACUAUAUUUCAACAGUUGUGACAAAUAAGUAUUCCCAAAGUUUAUUCUUUCCUAAGAAAUGAGAUAAAAGUUUAUUGACUAAAACGUCAGCAGAA